CUCACUGACCCGCCGUGUCCUCUCCGUGGUGGACUCGUUCGCCUCGGCCCCGGGCGAGGGAAGGGCUCAGCGUGGGCUGACGUGUGUUUAUCUGAUCGGGCAGCUCACCCGGCCAGAGCGGCCGAACCCCGUUCCACCAUGGAGCUGUCUGGAGUCCUCUCUCUGCUCCUGGGGGUCUGCGUCUCAUGCCUCCUGUUGGUUGCCUCGUGGAGAAAGGUGCUGGCAAGGAGGAAUCUCCCCCCGGGUCCCACACCGCUUCCCUUCGUCGGGAACAUCCUGCAGCUGGACACCAAGGCGUUGGCCAAAUCAAUCCUUAAGUUCCGAGAUGUGUACGGCCCCGUGUUCACCCUGCAGCUGGGCUCGGAGCGGGCUGUGGUGCUGUGCGGCUACGCGGCGGUGAAGGAAGCCCUGGUUGACCACGGGAAGGAGUUCGGGGGAAGGGGGAACAUGGCCACAGCCGCGAGGAUCACCAAAGGGUUUGGCUCGCCCUUCGACCCCACCUUCCUCCUGGGCUCCGCCGUCUCCAACGUCAUCUGCUCCAUCAUCUUCGGCAGCCGCUUCGACUACCAGGACCAGGAGUUCCUCACUCUGCUGAACUGUGUCAACGAGAACUUCCGCCUGCUGAGCUCCCGCUGGGGCCAGCUGUACAAUGCGUUCCCGACGCUCCUGGCCGCUCUCCCCGGGCGGCACAACGCCAUGUUCCACAACAUGGACACCCUCAAACGCUUUGUGUCGGAGCGAGCGAAGCGGCACCAGGACUCGCUGGAUCCCAGCUGUCCCAACAGCUACAUUGACUGCUUCCUGCUCCAGAUGGACCAGGAAAAGCAGAACCCCGACACCGAGUUCACCACUGAGAACUUGGUCAUGACGACGCUGGAGUUGUUCUUCGCUGGGACGGAGACGGUCAGCACCACCCUGAGAUACGGGAUUCUGCUUCUCAUGAAGUACCCUGAGAUAAAAGAGAAAGUUCACGAGGAGAUUGACCGGGUGAUCGGGCGGUCCCGCUUGCCGGCCAUCGAGGACCGGAGCCGCAUGCCCUACACCGACGCUGUGAUCCACGAGGUGCACAGAUUCGCGGAUGUCCUCCCCAUGAGCCUCCCGCACGUCACGACCCAGGACAUCCAGUUCAGAGGAUAUGCGAUCCCCAAGGGCACCACCGUCAUCCCCUUGCUGACCUCAGUCCUCCAGGAUACAAGCCAGUUCAGCAACCCGGACGACUUUGACCCUGGGCAUUUCCUCGAUGGGAACGGGCACUUCCAGAAGAACAGCGCCUUCAUGCCGUUCUCUGCAGGCAAGCGGGUGUGCCUGGGCGAGAGCCUGGCUCGCAUGGAGGUCUUCCUCUUCCUCACCGCCAUCCUGCAGCGCUUCACCCUGCAGCCGCUCGGUGACCCGGGUGCCCUCGACACCAGCCCCGUGGAGAGUGGGGUGGGGAACAUCCCCCACCCCUACGAACUCCGGCUGCUCCCGCGCUAGAGUGCACCCACCUCAAACUGCCCCCCCAACCCCCCCCCCGUAAA